AUAAUUGCAGAGGCAAGUUUACUCCACCUACGUGCGGCUCAAGUGUUCCGGCUCUGACCUGCAUAUAAUACAGUUGCGUUUCAGUUUCGUUUCUUAAGGUUUGGCAGAUCGAAACAGAGCAGAGGUUGCACGCCAGUUAAUAAACAACAGCGGCGACAGAAGGUGGAUUGCCUUGUUCAUAUAAGAUUUUAGAAGCAGUACGAGUCAUCAUGGCAAUGCCUGAAGAUGAACCCAUGGAAACAAAUGAUUCAACAGUACCUCUAAAUGAGUCGUCAAAUGGCAGUACACAGCUGUUUGAAUUAUUUGCUGAAGUGAUCUAUCCUGAAGUUGGUUUCCAUUUAAACCGGACAAAAUUUCUGCAUUCAACAGUCCAGCGUGAACUUAACCAACAGAAACUUGGCAGCCUUUUAACAGUGAAGUUUUGUAAAUGGUGCCCAACCCUUAUAUUAUUGAUACUGGACACAAAUGAAGCCAUAAGCCAUCUUCUGAAAAGCGGGAAGUUGACAUCUGACACAAACGGAGCUAUUAGUUUUUUACUGAAGCCACCACUAUCAGCAAGUUCCAGUUAUGACUGGACCCAGGAUGAGCCAUUCGAAAAUGUUGCAGUCUCUGCUCCACUUAGCCAGGAUUCUCUUGCUUUAGAGCAGUCUAUGUCUAUGAAUGAAAGAAAUACACUUCCUGGCAGCAGUUCUACUCCUAUGCUCUCUGUUAAUGAAAAUAAAAGUACAAUAAUUGACCAAAGAUUUCUUACUGAAACAAGUGCUGCGGGGCACAGGCAGGAAGCAAGUGAAAGUGCAGAAGGAACAUCAGGAAUGCCUGUGGAAAUUGACAAUGUCACAUUGUCUGGGUUCAAUUUUUACUACAUGUACAGGGCCUACGGUGAGAAGAUCAGAGCUAUAGAGCAUGACACAGGAGUCGAGAUACAUGCACAGGUGUCCAUAUCCUUCAGACCAAAAGUACCAACAGAAAAGCAUGAGAACUUUGUGAAGGCAAAGGAACGCUUCUGUAACCUGUGUCAGUCCUCUAUUCCUGUUCUAAGCAGUAGGACUAUCCCAUACUCUGAUCAUAUCAUGGAGCGUUUCAAUGCAAUGCCAAACACCUCAAAGUUUGUACUAAUGUUGUCAGCAGAGGGCUAUCAGCUCAUAGGCCCAGAAUCAGACCUUGAUCAGUUUGUGCAAGGUCUUACAGUAGUGGGACCAGCAAGAGAACAAAACUUUAAGAAAAUUGAUUUUGUCUGUGAAGAUUCAGAGCUAUCAAAAGACGUAGAGAUGUAUAAAGUACACUGGGAUUUUGUGAAGUGUUUGUUUGGCAAACAGCUGCAGUCAUUAAAAACCAAGUUCAGGGUGAAUGUGGAUGAGCAGACUAACAGUGAAUCAAGCAGUUCAGUGAAGAUUACCAUAACAUCAUGCAAUGUUAAUUUCAUCCUCCAAAGUCACGCCUGCCAAGGACUGUUGGAUCUUUAUCAGAAAGUGGCCAGCAAUCUGAUGCAAAGAUCUAUAAAGGACCCAAAGGACAUGGAGGAAGCAAAGCGGGUGUUUCAAGAAAUCCGUUCCAGUCAUCCGUACGUUAAAGACUAUCAGGAGAAAAACCAAUGGAUACUUGUAGGUUUUAUAAAGCACUUGUACUGGACUGUGAAAGAGAUUGAGAAGAAAAUAGGGAGGAAGAUAUUCCAAGAUAUUAAGCUUUCCCCAGUUAGUUCUGCAUCAGGUCAAGCAUGCGAGGAGAAAGGCUAUGAAGAAGUGUGCCCCAUAUGCCUUGAUAACUUUAUGAAAAAAGUUACAUUAUCAUGUAAACAUGAGUUCUGUGAAGACUGCUGGAAAAAAGUGAAGCAAGAUAAUCCAGUGUGUCCCAUCUGUAAAGCUGUGCAUGGAAAAAUAACGGGGGAUCAGCCUGAUGGAAGGAUGACAUCUCGUACAAUAUCUACAUCUCUCCCUGGCUUCGGAUGUAAUACAAUAGAAAUCAAUUAUGACAUCCCCCAUGGAAUACAGACGGAGAAGCACCCAAAUCCUGGCAAACCCUUCAGUGGUGCCCACAGGACAGCCUAUCUGCCCAACACCAUAGAGGGCAAAGAAGUGCUUAAACUUCUCAAGAGGGCAUUUGAUCAAAGGCUUAUUUUUACCAUUGGAACUUCUCGAACAACAGGAGCAGAAAAUAUUGUCACCUGGAAUGAUAUCCAUCACAAGACCAGUAUGUAUGGAGGACAAAGCGGAUAUGGAUACCCUGAUCCAGAAUACUUACAGAGAGUGAGGAGUGAGCUCAAAGCUUUUGGGAUUGAAUGAACACCAUGCCACAGCAUCAUGAAGCAGAAGUGGACACACUGCCAACAACCAAUAGGCCUACCAAUGUAAGGACACUGUAGACCAGUCAAGUAUGUUUUGCCAUCGUAGUGACCACAGGCACCUACUGAACAACCAAAUAAAUGAUCUGCUGAGCAGCACUUUCGAAAUCUUAGACAAGUACACAAUCGUAGCUGUUACAUUCAUUGAAGAAUGUACUUUAAAUACAAUUGAACUACGGGAAUUAUUGAUGGUGUGAGUUUGGGCAGUCUUUGAACAUAGCUGGCAAUAUUUGUUUAAUUAUUGUUUAUUUUCAAAAUAAUUUAGGAGGGUUUUCUGCAUCUGUUAACUUCUGUAAUCUGUAAAUGUGUUUCAUUUGAUAUAAUGAUGUGAAAAUGAUGAGAAGCAAACAAGAAAAGUCCAAAUUCAAUAUAAUCUGUGUUUGAAUAGGUGGGGACAUGAAGGCCUACUGGUUAGCAUUGCUGCAUCAGUGUUGCUGUGCUGUUACUGGUGAAAGAUGUUAUAAAACAGGUCUUUAUAAACUGUAUGUGUAUCAUAUUAUGUCAUGUAUAAUAUAGGAGAGGGUGUGUGAAUAUUGCAGUCAUUUUUUGAAUGCCUAAGAUUUAACACCUACUUAAGAGUUGCUUUCUUUUAAAAUUUGGACCUACAACAGAGCUCACAUCCUCCUUUAUGUCCUUCAGUUGGUUAUCUUUCUGUCAGUCAACCUUCAUUAGGAUGAUUCCUGCCUUUCCCUCUCGACAUAAACUGGCACUGAAGGAUUGGUCUGUUUUUGUUUGACUUUUGUCAUUUCAUCUGAAAUGUUCAGUUCUAAGCUUUAAUACCAGACAUAGUAGAUGGAAAUUUCUGCUUGAUAAUUAUUUAAUUUCUAGGGAGAAGAUUUAGAAAAAUAAAUUUACUUUAAAUAUUGAUAUAUCGUGUUAUAAAAGUAUAGGGAGAAAUGCCCCUACAAUAAAACAAAACUUCGAAAAGCUUGGGUAUUUGACUGACAUGCUGUGUAUUUUUGCAAUGUUAUUUAUUGUUUUUCAGUUCAUGGACAUCUGAUGGUCUGCUUUUAUGAGCUCACAGAGGCCUACUUAAGGCACUGGUCUAUCUCCUGGGUGUCACUGUUACCAGAAUCCUCUGCUCUCAAGUCCAGAGAUGUCUUCUAUCAGUCUAAUCUUGUCACUACUCACUGACAUUUUUUUUUUUUUAUUAGGAAAGUCUAAACUAGGCAGAGCACGGCAAUAUAUUUUAGUUUAGAGGUACUUUAUGGUAAUUAUGUCACUUAAACUCCUUCCUUCAUCCAUCACUCCCAAGCAUUCUAAACCCAUGUUUUCCAUAAUAGUACAAGUGGUACAGUGGCUUAUUCUUAAUGAAAUGUCAGUCCAUUGCACACCAACAGUCACUCACCACAGGGCAGCUUAGUCAUCAGUCAGUCUGUUUCUCUGGAGGUCACAUGGCCCGUUUAAGAACUUUACACAAGAAGCACUCCAACUGGACAUCAAACCAGGAUCUCGGAGUUGAGAGACAGCACUGCUACUCCUGUGCCACCAUACCUUCCUCGUUU